AACCCCAUAUUGCGCAGAAAGUUUUCAGAAGAACAGUCUCAUAUCAAAACUGUGAAGAAUAAAUGGACUAUAAUUAAAAACCAUAAAAAACACAAAAAACGGAUUCACUAUGAGUGCUUUGGGAAAAAUACUGUUUAUUAUACAAAUGUUUUUACUGGCAACUAUUUAUGUUGAUGGUAAACCCUGUGAAAACUCAAAUUCAGAAUGUCAGCAGGUAAGGAUGCCUUUGGUUUCGAAUAAACUAAAUGCCCCACUGGUCGCCGAACUUGAUGUCACGGCAAUGAACAAACAAUUAAAAACUUACAUACGUGACGAUAUUGAAUCAACAUUUUCUGAGGAUAUUAAAGGCCUGGUGAAAAAGGAGCAGGAUGAUAUAAAGGUCUCGAUGUUACAGGAUUAUUCGUCUAAACUAAAUAAGACCAAGAAAGAAUAUGACAAACACAUUUCGAAAAUAGUUCAGAGUCUUGAAGAAAAACAAAGUGAACUGCAGCUUGAAAUAUCUGAUGUUAACAAAAAUUUAAAUGAAAGUGAAUCAAGCUUAAAUAUAGAAAUAACGAAAUUGUUGAGUGGGUUUGAACAAAGACAAGAACGUUUAAAAUUAGCAAUGAUAUCGGAAUACACAUCUAAGAUUCGACAAUCUGAAGACGCUAACAAACAAAAAAUUAUCGAUCUUGCAAGUGAACAAAAAUCUCAAUUGGCUGAUUUGUCACGAGAAUUGAAGGAGGAAUUCGUAAAAAGUACUACUAACUUGCAAACUCAAAGUAAGGAAUUAGAAGAAUGGAAAACAAAUUUGAUGGCAACAUUGAAUGAGAAUUAUGCACCCCUGAGAUACAAAGACUGUGGUUAUAUGAAAACAAAGCCAAGUGGGGUAUAUACCAUAUAUCCUGAUGAUUUUAACGGAAUAAAGGCUUACUGUGAUAUGUCUACUGAUGGAGGAGGUUGGACGGUUAUUCAAAGAAGAAUAGACGGAACAACGAGUUUUGACAGGGACUGGGUUGAAUAUAAGGAAGGCUUUGGCGAUCCACAGAAGGAAUACUGGCUUGGUAACAAAUAUCUAAACCUUCUUACAACUAAUGGUAAAUACGAACUAAGAGUUGAUCUAACGGAUACUAACAACAAGAUGACAUAUGCUUUGUAUAAGACAUUUACAGUUAGUGACGAGAAUUCACAAUAUAAACUUACCAUUGCGAGAUAUAGUGGAACUGCUGGUGAUUGGAUGGCAUACAACAACGGUAUGAAAUUCACCACUAAGGAUCGUGAUCAUGAUACUAACAGAGGUAACUGUGCUAAAACGUAUGGUAGUUGGUGGCAUGGUUCCUGUAGUUAUGCAGAACUGAAUCGUGACAUGACAAAGAAUAAACUGAAUUGGCUUAAAUAUAAUUACAUCAAGUCAAGUAUGAUGAUCAGACAAAUUAUGUAA